UGUCUGUGACGGACCGGUGUGUGUUUGUGUCCCCCCAAAACAAGAGGAUAAAUCUAUUUUUCAGUGACAAAGUUCGGAAAAUCUUGAACGGCGCGUAGACUGGAUCACAUAAGGCACCUGGUGACGGACUGUAUAUCUGUAUCGAAGAGAAAAUCCGAUUGAAAAAUGUCCGAGAGUCUGAACUGCGUGGAACAGCGGGAAGAGCAGACUGAACUUGAAGAAGCCGGAGGAGCGGAGGAAAAGUCAGACUCUUCAGAUGCUGGAAAAGAGUCCUCUUCAGAUGCUGGUCCUGAUGGACAAGAUGCAUCUUCCUCCCCAUCAUCAUCAAAAACUAAAGAUUCUGCUCCAGGUUAUGAGGAGAAAGUGCAAACAGAUCGGACCAACCGAUUUGAGUAUCUAUUGAAGCAAACAGAGUUGUUUGCUCAUUUCAUCCAACCAGCCGCACAGAAGACCCCCACCUCUCCGCUGAAGAUGAAACCAGGUCGUCCACGAAUCAAGAAAGAUGAAAAACAAAACCUGCUCUCUGCUGGAGACAACCGUCAUCGUCGCACGGAGCAAGAGGAGGAUGAGGAGCUUCUCAGUGAGAGCACCAAGACUACUACCGUUUGCACUCGUUUUGAUGACUCUCCCUCCUAUGUCAAGUCAGGAAAGAUGAGGGACUAUCAGGUCCGUGGUCUGAACUGGCUCAUCUCUUUGUAUGAAAAUGGCAUCAAUGGCAUCCUUGCUGAUGAAAUGGGUUUGGGAAAGACUCUCCAGACUAUUUCCCUGCUGGGUUAUAUGAAGCACUACAGAAAUAUCCCUGGUCCUCACAUGGUGCUUGUGCCUAAGUCCACCCUUUACAACUGGAUGAAUGAGUUCAAACGAUGGGUACCUUCCCUUCGCGCCGUCUGCUUGAUUGGAGACAGAGAAGAGAGGAAUGCUCUGAUCAGAGAUGUGCUGCUGCCAGGAGAAUGGGACGUAUGUGUCACCUCCUACGAAAUGCUCAUCAUUGAAAAGGCCGUGUUCAAGAAAUUCAACUGGAGAUACCUUGUUAUUGAUGAGGCCCACAGGAUAAAGAAUGAAAAGUCAAAGCUAUCCGAAAUUGUGCGAGAAUUCAAGACCACCAAUCGUUUACUGCUGACUGGAACACCUCUUCAAAACAACCUCCAUGAGCUGUGGGCUCUGCUGAACUUCCUGCUGCCUGAUGUCUUUAACUCAGCUGAUGACUUUGACUCCUGGUUUGACACAAACAACUGCUUGGGUGACACGAAAUUGGUUGAACGUCUUCACACGGUUUUGCGUCCUUUCUUGCUCCGUCGUAUUAAAGCAGACGUGGAGAAAACUCUGCUCCCAAAGAGAGAGAUCAAAAUGUAUGUGGGCCUGAGCAAGAUGCAGCGAGAGUGGUACACAAAGAUUCUGAUGAAGGACAUUGACAUUCUGAACUCAGCCGGGAAGAUGGACAAGAUGCGUCUGUUGAACGUUCUCAUGCAGCUCAGGAAAUGCUGCAACCAUCCGUACCUGUUUGACGGAGCCGAACCUGGUCCUCCCUACACAACUGACCUUCACCUGGUUGUGAACAGUGGCAAGAUGGUGGUGCUGGAUAAGCUGCUACCCAAGAUGAAGGAACAAGGUUCCCGUAUACUCAUCUUCAGUCAGAUGACCAGAGUGCUGGACAUAUUGGAAGACUACUGCAUGUGGAGGAACUAUGGAUACUGCCGCUUGGAUGGUCAGACACCACAUGAGGAGAGACAGAUCUCUAUCAAUGCAUACAAUGAGCCCAACAGCUCGAAGUUCAUCUUCAUGCUGAGCACCAGAGCUGGUGGUCUGGGUAUCAACCUGGCUACAGCUGAUGUUGUCAUCCUCUACGAUUCAGACUGGAACCCCCAGGUCGACCUUCAGGCCAUGGACCGAGCUCACAGGAUUGGUCAGCAGAAGCAGGUGCGCGUCUUUCGCUUCAUCACUGAAAACACAGUGGAGGAGAGGAUUGUAGAAAGGGCUGAGAUGAAACUGCGCCUUGACUCCAUUGUCAUCCAACAAGGAAGACUCGUGGAUCCAAGCGCAAACAAGCUGGGGAAGGAUGAGAUGCUGUCUAUCAUCCGACAUGGUGCCACGCACGUGUUUGCUUCCAAAGAGAGUGAGAUCACAGAUGAUGACAUUGAUGAUAUCCUGCAGAGGGGUGAAAGGAAGACAAAGGAGAUGAAGGAGAAGCUGUCUACCCUCGGUGAAGGCUCUCUGAGAAACUUCACCAUGGACACAGAGAACAGCAGUGUGUACACAUUUGAAGGAGAAGAUUACAGAGAAAAGAAGAAGGUCAUUACCAACUGGAUUGAGCCACCGAAGAGGGAGAGGAAAGCCAAUUAUGCUGUGGAUGCCUACUUUAGAGAAGCCCUGCGAGUCAGUGAACCAAAAGCACCCAAGGCUCCACGUCCUCCAAAGCAGCCAAAUGUUCAAGACUUUCAGUUCUUCCCCCCACGUCUUUUUGAGCUUCUUGAAAAAGAAAUUCUCUUCUACAGAAAGACGAUAGGCUACAAGGUUCCUCGUAAUCCGGAAAUGCCAAACUCUGCUCAGAUGCAGAAAGAGGAGCAGGCUAAGAUUGACGAUGCUCAGGCGCUCACAGAGGAGGAACUGGAGGAGAAGGAGAACCUGUUACAGCAGGGAUUUACCAUUUGGAACAAACGGGACUUCAACCAGUUCAUCAAAGCCAACGAGAAGUGGGGUAGAGAUGACAUUGAGAACAUUGCCAGAGAAGUGGAGGGAAAAACCCCUGAAGAAGUCAUGGAAUAUUCUGCUGUAUUCUGGGAGCGCUGCAACGAGCUGCAGGAUAUUGAGAAGAUCAUGGCCCAGAUAGAAAGAGGCGAGGCCAGGAUUCAAAGAAGGAUUAGCAUCAAAAAAGCACUGGACUCAAAGAUUGGACGCUACAAGGCUCCUUUCCAUCAGCUCCGUAUUUCUUACGGCACCAACAAAGGCAAGAACUACACAGAGGAAGAGGACCGCUUCCUUAUCUGUAUGCUUCACAAGCUGGGCUUCGACAAGGAGAGCGUGUAUGAUGAACUGCGUCAGUGUAUCCGUAACUCACCCCAGUUCCGCUUCGAUUGGUUCCUUAAAUCCAGGACUGCCAUGGAGCUUCAGAGGCGAUGCAACACACUGAUUACACUGAUAGAGAGAGAGAACAUGGAGCUGGAAGAGAGAGAGAAGGCAGAGAAAAAGAAACGAGGCCCAAAGAACAGCUCGGCUCAGAAAAGAAAGGCAGAGGGAACCGCAGAAGGCCGCGGACGCAAGAAGAAACUCAAGUUGUGAAGUUGUUUGUGACCCUUACUAUAAGAAUUCGGGAGCAGCAGCCAGCUCCAGUACUGUUAGUUCUAGUGUCUGUGUUUGUCUUGCAGGCCAUGAUAAUGUACUGUGUAAAACUCCCCAAUGGACUGAUCUGGUUGUAUUUGGUUUUGGAAGUGUUCCUUUACAAGCCUGCCUUGUUGUCUCUGACCACAACACUGCAGCUGUGCUGGUUUAUGUUUUGUUUGCUAGUCCCUUUUUUUGUUUUUUUUACUAGUAUUUUGUUGAAAUAAAUGUAUUUAUGUUGGUUGUACUACA